CUCCUCCUCCUCCUCCUCCUGAGGCGGCCAGACGGGGAAGCGAGCGCCCAGGUUCCCCCGAGAAGAAGGCGGUGGCGCAGCCGUCAGGGGAGGAGCCAGCCGCACCGCCGGAGCCAGGCAGCCGGAGAAAGACGGGGCCGGGAGGAGCGAAGCAGGCCCGGAGCUGAAGGAGGAGGCGAGCGCUGAGGCGGCCAGGUCUGACGCGCCCCCUCCCCCCCCCGCUGCCGGCAUGGAAGAGCAGCAGCAGCAGCCCGUCAGUCGGUACCAAGUGCUUCAUAAUGAAGAUGAUCCUGCAGAAUCUACAGUUGAACAACCGUCCACUUCUACGCAAACUGCACCAGCUUGUCAAACAGAGGCAUCUUCACCUGAAGUGGAUACUUCCCCUCCACCUUAUUGUAGCAUCGCUACAGAAGCAGCUGCACCAACAGAAGUGGAAUCACCUAAUGAAUUUUACCCAGUGCCACCUCCAUACAGCGUAGCUACUUCUCUUCCCACUUACGAUGAGGCGGAAAAGGCCAAAGCUGCAGCAAUGGCAGCUGUUGCAGCAGAAGCAUCAGCCCACAGACACGGCCAAUUUAGGGAGUCUAGGAGUCUGUUUGAUGAAAUAUUCCUGAGUCCACCAGAGGAAGAAGAAUAUCCCCCAAGAGAUGACUUCAGCGAUGCAGACCAACUCCGUGUGGGAAAUGAUGGCAUUUUUAUGUUGGCUUUUUUCAUGGCAUUCAUUUUCAAUUGGAUUGGAUUUUGCUUAUCAUUCUGUAUAACUAACACCAUAGCAGGAAGGUAUGGUGCAAUCUGUGGAUUUGGAUUGUCUUUGAUCAAAUGGAUUCUUAUUGUCCGGUUCUCAGAUUACUUUACCGGCUAUUUCAAUGGACAGUACUGGCUUUGGUGGAUAUUUCUUGUACUUGGCCUCCUCCUAUUUUUCCGAGGUUUUGUUAAUUAUCUGAAAGUUAGAAAUAUGUCUGAAAGUAUGGCGGCAGCUCAUAGAACAAGAUUUUUCUUCUUGUAUUAGAGACUGCAGCAACCAGGCAUUCCUUUCUCUUAUCAAUGUGAACUUCCAACCAACCAGUUACCUUCCGAUGAAUAGGGAAAGAUGACUACUGUUAUUGCCGCUUAGUGAAUGACAGAAUGGUUCAGGCUUAAGUGCCAGUUCUGUUCAUUCUAGUAAAUAUUUAUAUUAAGCAUUGCCUUUUGUCUUGCACAUAUAUACAUAUACAAUAUAUAUAUGUGCUAAUCAUCAAGAACUUUAAAAAAAAAUAAAAUCCAUGCAUAUAGUCUGCUAAGCAGCUGAAUACAGUAAGACUUAACUAAAUCAUGUUUGAAUCUGGAAUAUUUUUUUAAGAGGUAACAGUUCUUCACAGUAUUAUGUACUAUCCAUUUGUUGGUCUAAUGAUUUUUUGGGGGGUGCAGACAACUUGUACCAAUUCUUUGGGACUCUGCUGGGAUGUAUAUUACAUUAUCCAAUUAUGCACAUAGAACAUUUUUAAUCGUACAAUUUGUAGCUCUAUAAAUAUGUGUUGAAAAGCUUUCUAUUGAGGGCUGGACAAGGUUGUCCCAGUGUACUUUUUUUUUUUUUUUUUGGUCGUGGUUUAAUUGUGUAAAAUUAGCCUCUUCAUAGAUGUUGGCAAUAUAAUGCCGUAAAGUUUAAUGGAGUUUUUAAUCACUGCCAUUUUGAAAUCUGGUAGGAGCUGAUUUCAUGAAGAAAGUAUUAAGCUGCGGAUAUUGUACAGCUUAAUAUGUUCAGUUUGAUUUUUAGGUUAAGAGAAUAACAGUGAUUGCUGCUGUCCUGCUACCAUCUUACAUAAUUGCAGGAAAGCAGAGAAGAAAUUCAAAUAAAAUCACAAGAGGAGAUUGCAUCUGAUUAGUUGUCAAAAUCUGAGAAGGAGUUCUGUUCUUUCAGUUCUUCCCACAUUAUUUAUGCAAUUUUGCUUUUACAGAGAAACAUUGGGCUGUUUCAGGUUAUUCAGAUAUUUGGGGGGAAAGAAGUAUGCAAAUUAAAAGCUCUCCUCAUCAGUUGAACUGCACAUGGCUAAUUCAGCUGGACAAUUUGAUUAACAUAAGCCCCCACAAGAAAGCUUUAAGCAUACAUCUAUAAUGCCAAAAGAAUUAAUAUGUGGAACUGAACAAGUGCAUAUUCCAGCGCAUAACUGAAGGAUGAAUUUGGAUCCCAUUUCUGUGGGGAAAGAAAAUCUAAAUUCAUUCUUGCGUUUAUCAUCUCAUUAAGGUUUAGCAAAAGGAGUUGCUAACCUGAUACUGCCUUUUUCUUGUUAAGCAUAUCCCUGCCUCACUGUUCCCCUAUCUGCCUGCAGUCAUAAUGUGCAAUUGAAGACUCGGAAUUUAUGUUCUCUGUGCAUUCCAGCCAGUCUUCUUUUGAUGAAGGGAAGAUUCAUAGUAAGGGAGAUGUGCAGUACUACCCAGUUGAAAGGAGUUUUUCAAUGUGGGAUAUCACUUUACAUUGUUGUUAGGCUAGGGGAAGACCUUUACACAAGGAUUUAAAUAAUAACCCAGCUUUUUAAAAAAAGGUUGUUCUGUUUUUCAUGACAAUGAAGCCCAGUUUAGAUUAAUUCUCAAUAGGUGCUUUUUUCUUUUUUUUUUCUGAUUGCAAAAAUGUAAGCAAUGUAGUGCUUAUGAUAUUCAUAUACAGUGAUUAUGUUUAUUUUGAGUUAACAGAUAUAUCUAGGGCUUCAUGGGAAGGCAGCAGGAGUAAAUGUAUUUAUACCUUCCUUAAGCAUCUCUGGCGCUAAGCACCCUAGGUAGGGAGAGAGAGGUGGACUCUCAUAUGGUUGCUAACAAGCCUCAUCUCUCUUUCCUGCCAAUCACCAGCUGCUCUGUAUUUUUGGAGAGGAAAAAUGCACCUUUAUUUCUUAAUUUGCAUUCUUGCACUCUUACAUUUUCAUAUAACAUUUAGGGGAAAUGCGUGUUUUCUCCUUGAGUUCUGUAUCAACUUGUAUCCAUUGUAUGCAUAAGGUUGGUGAUUUAUAGUCUUGAAUAUUUAAGAAUUAUUUUAUGCUAAAACUUAGAGAACAAAUGCCCAUUCCUGGUUUGAAUGAAAACAAAAUUAUUUUUCCCCUCACCCCCAAAGUUUCUAUGUAUUUUGUCCUUGAAUUCGUCAGUAUCUGUUCUCCCUUUCUUCCCACGCCCUCCUCUACAUAAUUUUGUUUUCUGAUUUUUAUUUUAUUUUAUUUAGGCUUUGAAAUAAAGGCUUCCGGUUUUUACAUUAAAAAAAAAACAACCUUUCAACACCUCUUUUGUAAACAAAAUGAUGAAUUAGCUGAACAUGCUAUCUUUGGACUUUUUUUUGCAGUUUCAUGUUUAAUGUUACUUCAGUUUGAAGCAGUUACUGCAGCAAUGCAUUGGCGAAGAAUAAUUAACGUUCUCUUCUAUGCCAUGUUUUCAUACUAAAUGAUGCAUGCACCCUAGUUAGCAAAAGAUGCAGGUAGUAGAUGAAAGAAGGCUACAGUCAUUGCCUGUAUGCAGAGAAAAAUACAUCAUUUUGUUUUAAACCUUUAGGUUAUAUGUACAGCAGGAGAAAAAAACAACAACACAAACCCCAGUAGGAAUAUGAACAGUGACAAGAGGCUAUUUUCUGUCACUGCAGUCAUGUCUUCCUCUAGGCAACUAUAAUGCAAAUUUACGUUCAUAUCAACUUUCAAUCCCUGAAAUUGAAAUCAUUUUUUUUAUUGGUAAAAUAUCUUUAGCUACUUUUUUAAAGCCUAUGAAUCAUGCUUUAAUCAUUACAGGACUCUGUAAUAUAGCUGGAGUUCUGAAUCUUCAGUCUGGGAAUGAAUUUAUUUUAAGGCAAAUUAUAUUCAAUUUCUCAGAAAGCAAAGCAAACUAAUAAGAAAAUACGAACUGCUAAGGCUAAGGCAGUAUGGUUUCUUUGCAAGAAACAACAUAUAAAUAAUAAUUUGCCACAAGAAUGCAUGAUAUAUGUCAAAUUUAUAAUGACUGGAUAUUAUUUCCAAACAUUAUGUGUCUUAUGACCGGGGUCCCCAACUCCCGGGCCGUGGACCUGUACCAGGCCGCGGCAUGCCAGCAACUGGUCUUCACAAACAAGGAAAGCCCCAUCCACAGGAUGCAGGCAACACACAAAACCACACCCCCUCUGGUCCGUGGUCCCUGGUGCCCAAAAGAUUGGGGACCUAUCUUAUGAAGGCAAUGGACUUGGUUUUAGGAUAUUUUAAGUGUAGAUUUUAACAUGUUUAUUUAAAUCAGU